GCGACUCGCGAGACGAAAACAAUUAGCUAGGAAGUGCAAGUCAAUUGAGAGAGCAGCGUAAUUGUGUUUACUAAGUUUAAGCGUUUAGAUUAGUGCGAAUACUCAGCGGGGCAACAAGAUGCAAAGUGUCCUCAACACCGUCAAAGGCACGGCUCUCAAUGUGGCCGAGUAUCUAACGCCCGUUUUGAAGGAAUCCAAAUUCCGCGAGACGGGCGUUCUUACUCCGGAGGAGUUCGUUGCCGCCGGAGAUCACCUGGUCCACCACUGUCCCACCUGGCAGUGGGCCGCCGGCGAUGAGACCAAAACAAAACCCUACCUUCCCAAGGAUAAGCAAUUCCUGAUAACGCGCAAUGUGCCGUGCUAUCGCCGCUGCAAGCAGAUGGAGUACGUCGGCGAGGAGACGUUGGUGGAGGAGGAGUCCGGCGAUGGAGGGUGGGUCGAGACCCACCAGCUGAACGACGACGGCACUACCCAGCUGGAGGACAAGAUCUGCGAAUUGACAAUGGAGGAGUCAAAGGAUGAAAUGCACACUCCAGAUAGCGACAAAUCAGCCCCGGGCGCUGGAGCCGAGGCCGAAGACGAGGAUGAUGACGAGGCCAUUGACAUGGACGAUUUCGAGGAGAGCGGCAUGCUGGAGCUCGUCGACCCGGCGGUGGCGACCACCACUCGCAAACCGGAGACGGACGACAAGGCCAGCCCAGUGGCAGCCGCAUCUGGGGCGGAGGCCAGCGGUGACUCAGUGCUCCACACGCGCACCUACGACCUGCACAUCAGCUAUGACAAGUACUAUCAGACGCCGCGCCUUUGGGUGGUGGGAUAUGAUGAGCAGCGCAAACCACUGACCGUGGAACAGAUGUACGAGGAUGUCUCCCAGGAUCACGCCAAGAAAACGGUCACCAUGGAGUCGCACCCGCACCUGCCAGGACCCAACAUGGCCUCGGUGCACCCAUGUCGGCAUGCCGAUAUUAUGAAGAAGAUUAUCCAGACGGUGGAGGAGGGCGGCGGUCAGCUGGGAGUGCAUUUAUACUUGAUCAUAUUCCUGAAAUUCGUUCAGACCGUCAUACCAACCAUCGAGUACGACUUUACGCAGAACUUCAACAUGUCUUAAGACCCGCCAUGCUUUUCAAUAUUGACGCAAUACAAUUUUACUCAUUAAACGCAAGUUUGUGAACCAAUAAUCGAAUAAAGAUUUGGGCAAACAGCUAAAAACAUGAA